AUGGUCUGGUUAACUGAAGAUGAAGAUAAUGACAUAUCAAUUUCUCUCUGUCAAAUACAUGUUCAAUCUGAUGAAUUAGAUCUAUUUGAUGAUCGAGUACUUCUAUCAUUAUUAUCUACACUUAAAAUGCAUGAUUUUCAAAUUGGUCAACCUGUAUGGGGACCAAUGAAUAAUCGUCUUUAUUUAUGUGAACAUCCACUUAAAGCAGGUCUUAAACAAUCAAUAAUUGAUGAUGAAUUCAAAAAUAUUAUAAGAAAUCAUGGUGAAUCAUCAACACGUUUUACUUGGUCAUGUGCUUGA